AGAGUGAAAAAUUUAAAGGGGUCUGAAUACUUUCCGUACCCACUGCUUGUAUGUUGUUGUUGAAUGUUGCACGUUACUAGGUUUGCUCAGAUUCAUUUGAUGUAAUAAAAUAUUUACAUUGUGCAUAAUCAUACUUUGGUAUUUAGGUAUAAUUCAUAAUGUCUGGUGUUCAUCACAUAAAGAUCCUCAAAUGUUUUUUUGUAUUUUUAACCAAUUAUACGAGACAUGCAUGUAAUUGAAUGUUAAUUCGUAUCUUCAGGUGCCCUUCAGUAACGAGUCUCCCUCCUCUUCCUCAGGCCAUGCUGGGGAUCUUCUUCACCACACAUUCAGCCGUGCUGAUUGAAGAUGUGCCCGUGACUGAUGACAGCAUCUACCAGGAUGGAAACCCUCAGAGGAUCUACGCCAUGUACAACAGUGUGGGCUACAACUGCUUCAUAGCAGCUGCUAUCUACAUCCUGUUUGGAGCCUUCUCCACCUGCCAGAUGAAGCUCAACAAGCAGAAGGUGAUUACAUUUGUUAAACCCCGAUCAGACUUGACUCUCCUUCUAAUGUCACAUGCAGGCUCAUUAGAACGGCUUGAGAACUACACCUUUUAUAAAGAUGCGCCAUAUUUUUCUCGCAAGCAAAUUAGAACAGACUGGUCUUAAAGAGACAGGCGCUAAAACGGAGCGUUUCCGACACAGGGGGAAUACAGGUACAUUCAGACAGACAGUAUGAGGAAAACAAAUUGUCUUUUCUGAACAUCAAAGCAUGUUCUAGUAGAAACCCAAAAUACAAGUAUGAACCCGAAUAUGGGCAUGAUAUGUCCCCUUUAAAAUAUGACCCCUGGAAUGCUUUGGACCGAACAAACAAGAUAGCCGUCAUGUUUUCUUUAAGAAUUAUCAAAAAAAGGGCUGAAAAUGUAAAUCCCCAAAUAAAACAUUAAAUCACACACAUUAUGAUUAGGAAUAGAGUAUGUGUGAAAGUAGUCAUAUCAUGAUCAUUAUUUAAAACCAAUAUCCAUCCACCAGUAUAAUAUUUAAUGAUUAAACUGAUUUAUGAUUUAUGAAAAAUAAUUUUCUCUGCUGUUAAUUAUGCAUG